AAAGCCGUACGUUUUAUCUGAGAGAAAGUAGAUACACACACGCUCUCUCCUCUCCCCAGCUUCUCUCUUCACAUUCCCUCAUGAAGAAUUCGUAAAGAAGUUGCAGUACUCUAAUCAGGCAAGUUUUCUCUCUCUCUCUCUCUCUCUCUACCAAGGCAAGUUCCUUUCACAUAGAUUUAUUUAGUUGGUCAUCGUUUUACCGACAAAUUACACUUCGCAAAAUCUCUUCAAGUGUAGCAGCUAAGUCAUCGCCUCAUCAGUUGAAUUCUGCUUCUAAUCACAACCAACAGCUGCUGUCGAGUAGAAUCCUCAAUAGGGAGCAGGGAUUGAGUUAGCUGCGCUAUUGUGUUUGUAGUUUGUAGCAUAUUUUGAUUUAAUUAUCACAUAUUUGUUUGAGUUGCUAGAUAAUUUUAUUGAAUUUAUCCUGACUUAGUGGAAAUAAUUCAAGUUUAGGUGCCUCUUUUGGAGCGUUGUGGCAGCAGACUGUUAAUGCCGCUGGCUCCAUCUGCUUGACUUUUCUCCGUGGUCCCUCUCGAAUCGAUGAAACUAAUUCUUGCUUGAAAUGUGAAUUGUUUUCUUAAUUUCUUCGGAAACUGUUGUUAAUCAAUUCCCCUCGCCUCCACCACCACCAACAAUCAUGAUCUCUGAAAACCAUCUCCUCGCAUAUUGGUCUCUCUUAAUUAUUCUGCUUCUCCAUUCCCUUCAAAGCUCUCAUGCUAGCCUUUCCUGUAGCCCUUCUCGUUGCGGCAUUAUUCCCAAUAUUAGCGAUCCUUUCCGGCUGAAGGAUGAUCCCAAAAACUGCGGUGAUCCCAAAUACGAAUUAGCCUGUGAAAACAACGUCGCCUUCAUGUAUCUGAACUCUCAAAAGUACUUGGUCAAAGCAGUCAAUUAUGGGAACUCCACCAUACGGCUGGCUGAUCCUUCCAUCAAUGAUGACACCUGCUCUUUUCCUAAGCAUUCUACUUAUGCCUAUAACUUCAGUGGUGAAUAUCCGUUUAGCACAUAUUCUGAUAGGAUUCUCAGAGAUGAAAGUGUAGCUUGGCCUAUUAAUUUUGUGAGCUGCCCAUAUCGGUUGGAGGAUUCUUCAAACUUUACAGAAAUCACUGAUUGUGUCAGUGGAGAAAAUUCUUUUGGUGCCUCAAAUUUGUCUCGUAGCAGAUAUACUUAUGUAAAGGUUGGACGCCUGAGGGCCUUGGAUAUAGGAGAUAAGUGCGAUAUAGACCUCAUCGUGAUGACAUCUUGGAAAUUUAAGAAUUUCAAGAAUGUAACGCUCUCAAAGUUACAUGAUGCUCUGCUGUAUGGAUUUGAACUGUCUUGGCUUCAGUUUCGCUGUAUAGAGUGCAAAGGAGGAUGGGAGUGUACUACUAUUGAUGCACAACUGGAUGGUUGCACGGACGAUACCUUUCGGCUUAAGAUUGAUCCGAAGUGGGAGCAAAGCAGAGUUCUCUUUUCAGGACUUUUUUGGCUCGUAUUGUUUCUUCUGCUCGUCAUAGGGUUUAGGCUAGAGGUUUUGAUCAUUGCCGGAUUCACCUGUGCAUGGGGACUUUUAAUCCUUAGUAACUUCGGAUGGUUCUUCAAUUCUGUUAACGUGAUCAGCUAUGCAGCAAAGAUCAUCAUCGCAUAUCCUUGUGUGAUGGGGCUUGUAAUCUACAAGUUCCGAAGAAGGCAUCAAUCCAUGUUUGAUGACAUAGAGGGCUUCCUACAAAGUGACAACGAACUCGUGCCAAUUAGGUACUCCUAUUCAGAGUUGAAGAAGAUGACAAGAGGCUUCCAAGAGAAACUAGGUGAAGGUGGUUUCGGUGCUGUUUACAAAGGGAAGCUUCAAAGUGGCCAUGAUGUAGCAGUAAAACUACUUGGAAAGGCUGGAGCAAAUAGCCAAGACUUCUUCAAUGAAAUUUCUACCAUUGGAAGGAUCCAUCAUGUCAAUAUUGUCAAGCUAGUCGGAUACUGUGCAGAAAGAUCCAAGCGUGCCCUUAUAUUAGAUUUCAUGCCUAAUGGUUCCCUUGAGAAGUACAUCUUCAACAGAGAAAAAAUGAAUUCUUUGAAUUGGGAUAGGAAAUUUGAGAUUGCAGUUGGAGUGGCUCGAGGGAUUGAGUAUCUGCAUCGAGGCUGUGAUAUCCAAAUCUUGCAUUUCGACAUUAAGCCUCACAAUAUACUUCUAGAUGACAAGUUCAUUCCAAAAAUCUCUGAUUUUGGGCUAGCAAAAUUUUACUCGACAGAAAAGAAAACUGUGACUAUGACUGCUGCUAGAGGAACCAUAGGCUAUGUUGCUCCUGAAUUGAUCAGCAGAAGUAUCGGUGCAGUCUCUUACAAAGCUGAUGUGUAUAGUUUUGGAAUGCUGCUGAUGGAAAUGGUAGGCUUAAAAAGAGACUUGAAAGGAAAUGCUCAAAAUUCUAGCCAGUAUUUCCCAUAUUGGAUAUACGACAGCUAUAACCAAGGGAAAGAGGUCGAAUUUGGAAAUGGGAAUGAGAUCAAUGACGAAGACAAUGAGAGAGUCAAGAAAACUAUUAGGAAGAUGACAAUAGUUGCAUUAUGGUGCAUACAGAUGAAUCCAAAUGAUCGGCCUUCAAUGAAUAAAGUGUUGGAAAUGUUGGAAGGUAAUGUCGAAUGCCUCCGGAUUCCUGAUCGCCCCUCAGAAUCAAUCCAGGUUGCAGUAAGUGAGGAUCAAACAUUUACUACUACUACUACUACUACAAGUAGCUCAACUGAUCAUGUGUCCUUGCUCCGUCCUACUUAUACUCCGUCCAGCCAUGGCAUUUCUGUUCAAGAUUCACAGAGUUUUACACUGUCCUUGUAGCAAUUUAAAUGUGUGAUGUGCUUAUGAUGUAACUGAUCUGUGUAUGUGAUUGGAUCUCAGGCUAUCAGUAUGAGUACACACAAACUUGUAUCUUACUCACGGAUCAAGAUAUUUCGUGAUACGUAUGUCAUUUUGUUAGAGCAUCCA